UAAUUCUCGACAGAUCUCGACCUGGAUCAGCGGGAGAUCUGGUCGUGCUUGUUACACCUAUCAGCUAUCCAGUGAAUAAUCAUCGAAACAUGGUGCACCGUUACACUUUUCCGCGCAAACCGGUAGCCAACCCCAAAGCCAUCGUCCAAGGCGAGAAGUACCGGUUGACGGUCUUGACCGAAGGUGUCCUCCGUUACGAAUGGGCAGAGGACGGCCAGUUCGAAGACAGGGCCUCGACCUUUGCGCUCUUCCGUGACCUUCCCGUUCCCGAUCUCAAGGUCACGGAGACGGACGACUAUGUCGAGAUCACCACCGAUCUCAUGUCGGUGUAUUACAAUAAAAAGGAAUUCUCAGCCGCAGGAUUCAUGGUCACUUGCAAGCAGUUUGGGUGGGGUGAAGGGAAAUGGUAUUACGGUGCAGGCUUGGACGAAUACAACCUCCGCGGUACAGCGAGAACUCUAGACAACAUCGACGGUCGAUGCGAAUUAGGACCGGGUGUGAUCUCGCAUAACGGAUGGGCGGCGCUGGACGACUCGAAUUCCCUCUUGUUCGAUGAGAACGGUUGGAUCGCCGAGAGGAAGAAACCCGUGGCUGGGACCAAGAGGGAAGAUGUCUAUCUGUUCGCUUAUGGACAUAGGUUCAAAGAGGCUCUGAAAGCGUUCCAUGCAAUCAGCGGGAAAGAACCUCUUUUGCCGCGAUAUGCCUUCGGCAAUUGGUGGAGCCGAUACCACAAGUACUCGGCUCAGGAAUACAUUGACCUGAUGGACCGAUUCAAGGCGGAAAAGAUCCCCCUCUCGGUUGGAGUCAUCGACAUGGACUGGCACUUGGUGGAAGAGGUUGACAAAAAGGACGGUCACGGUUGGACAGGUUAUACCUGGAGCAAGACUCUCUUCCCGGAUCCUAGAGACUUCCUGAAACAAUUACACGACCGGGACCUCAAAGCGACUCUCAACCUCCAUCCCGCCGACGGGGUCAGGCACUUUGAAGAUGCUUACCCCGACAUGUGCAAGGCGCUCGGGAGGGAUCCCGAGGGGAAAGAGCCGAUCCCGUUCGAGCCGGAGAACAGGAAGUUUAUGGAUGCGUAUUUCGAUAUCCUUCAUCGAAGGUUGGAGGACGAAGGGGUCGAUUUUUGGUGGAUUGAUUGGCAGCAGCGUCUCGGUCUGGCGGAACCGCUCUGGAUCCUUAACCACUACCAUUACCUCGACUCUGCCUUGAACGGGAAACGGCCGAUCAGUUUCUCCCGAUACGCCGGACCUGGCAGUCAUCGUUACCCGGUCGGUUUCAGCGGAGAUACCGUCAUCUCAUGGGAGUCUUUAGAUUUCCAGCCGGAAUUCUCGGCGACUGCGUCCAACAUCGGGUUCGGUCUGUGGUCACACGACAUUGGCGGCCACUUCUUCGGAUCAAAGAAUGACGAGCUUUACACGCGUUGGGUCCAGCUCGGCGUCUGGUCGCCCAUCUUGAGAUUGCACUCAAGCUUGAACCCAUUCUUGACCAAGGAACCCUGGGUGUUCGGGGAUGAAGCGCGUCGAUUGGCUACCAAGGCGUUGAGGUUCCGUCAUCGACUCAUCCCUUAUUUGUAUAGCAUGAACAAGUUGGCCAACGCGGAAGGCGAGGCCUUGGUCCAGCCGAUCUACUGGUCUUACCCUGCCGAGAACCCAUGGGAAAUGAAAGCCGAUCCUCGAGAUAUGGGUAGACGCGCAUACGGAUACAUGUACAAGAAUCAAUUCACCUUCGGAACCGAGUUGAUGGUCGCGCCGAUCACCUCGCCCAGAAACCCCAGGACCCUGUUGGGCCACGUCAAGGCCUGGCUCCCCCCAGGUACUUGGGUCGAUUUCGACACCGGGUUGGUCUACGACGGAGAUCGCGAGACCACUCUCCAUCGUAGCCUGGACGACUAUCCAGUCUUUGCUCGACCCGGGUCCAUCUUGCCUCUCGACUCGGCUGAAGACCCCGAGAAUGGAGGAGUCACUCCGAAACACAUCGAGGUUGUGCUGGUCGUUGGAAAGAGCGGACGUUUCGAGAUGUACGAAGACGAUGGCCAGGGGGAGACGGGCAAGGAGACGUACACUUCGAUCAUCGAGUACGACUACGAGACCGGUCUGGUGAAAAUCACCGAUGCCCAAUCGUCUCUCCGCGAGUCUUGGAGCGUACGCUUGCUCGGUUACUGGGAUGCGGAAGCGAUCAAGUCGGACAACGUCAAGGUCACCAAGGCGGCCAACGGUCUAGUCGUGCAACUGGACUCGACCAAGCUCGAACUUCAGCUACCUGCUAGGACUGAGCUAGGAGUACUCGACCCCAAACCGUUGAUCUAUACCAUCAUCGACAAGUCUCAACUCGAGUUCGAGGUCAAGCGGAGGGUCUGGGUGACCGUACAGGACGAAAAGUUGCCCUUCAACGUCAAGAUCAGCAGGAUUAUGGGCGAAGACCCCGACCCAGAAAAGUCCCUGGGCGCCGCAAUCGUCGAGCUCUUGACGGCGGACCAGCGCUUGAGUCGUGCUUAAAGGCAAAUGGAAGAGUGGCAAGGCAAAAAGCCAUGAUGGACAAUUUUUAGCUUGGAGAGAAGCAAAACCGACGCGAGGGUCAGCCACCCUCGAUACAUCGUCGCUGUUGAUCAAACUGUAGAAUAUAAGCGCCAGGUUCUACCCGAAUGUAGGCAACAUGCCCUGUAACACGACCUGAUCUCCAUCCGCUGCUUCGUCGAAGCGAUCGCACUACGGCAAUACUGUUGCGCUAACCAUAGACACCCUGUUUUGUUUUGGCCCUCGUUUGUACGUGAGACCU